AGCGCUGCGGAACUUGGCUCAGUGAAUGUUCGACGAAUGUCGUUGAAGGAGUUCACUGGUUUGGACAACACCAAAGCCGACAUAACAGAUCUCCCUGUGGCAGCUUGGAAAUGCUCAACGUCACCAUCACAACUGAUAAAUUCGUAUUCGGCUAGGCGGCGAAGUGUCCUUUCCACAGAUCUGCCACCAAGUCCAUCUAAGAAACUCACAAUUGCCAAAGAGGAAAGUAUCGAUUUACCGACAGCGAUCAAUAGGGUUUCCACCCUACAAUCGCGAUUUAAUGAAGACAAUGCUGGCACCGAGAAAACGACGACGUCGACGUCAUGUUCGUCGUCUUCGAGCGUCAAUGAGUCCACGAAUCGUUCACGACAAAAACUUCUCGAAGAAAGUAAACGGUUUGCAGUUGCAGCGAAGGAUUUUUCUCAAAUUUCCUUCUCAUCACCAGAAACAAAAUGGGAUGCGGCUGUAGCUGAAAUCACUGAUUGUGCUGACUGUUUAACAACAGCCGCUAUGGACUUUACCGUUACAGCCAGUGUGUACCAUUCACAGCUUGUUUCCACAGAAGUCACCCAGGUCCUGGACGCCUUACAUAAAGCGCUUGAAGACGCCCAAGAGUCACGUUCUAGUCAGAACGAUUUUUUGGCCCUCAAGUCGAUGACGCGUCUGCAAUCGACGUCCAACCAACUUCUUCAUGCCGUUUCAACGAUCGUCUCCUCAGCCACUACUUAG